AUGGGAACAUCUGCUCAAUCAUACAUGAAUUCUACCUCUUUCUUUAAGACUUUUAAGAGUUAGUUUCGACCAUUAGAGAUGAAGGGAGAGAAGAUUGAUGGACAAGUUUAUGUUUGCGAUGCAAAUUAAGAGAUGGUCAUUGAAUAUCCAAAUCGAAUCUUUGAUUAAGAGUCAGAUGAACUUUGGCAUUAAUCUUAAUCUAUGAUUUAACAAAUUUAAUCCCCAUACAUUAUCAAUUAUUAUGGAAGUGCAGAAAGACAAUCUUAAGAAAUGUGUUCAUCUUACUCAACUAUAUUCAGUUAUUAUGAAUAUAUUCCUCAUACUUUAUAUAAGUAUUUUAUUAUGUUAAAGAUAGAGAAAUAAAUGAGAGAAAAGAAAAUCGAGAAUAAUUCUCAGAAAAGGAAAUAUGGUAUUUGUUAUGGUCUUUGUCACAAGCACUUUAUGAACUAAAAUAAAAGGGUUAUAAUCAUAAAGACUUAAGACCAAUAACUAUAGCAUUAAAACGAAAUGGCACAGUUAAACUUUGUCCUAUAGGUGUUUUGUAAGAUCAAAAAAACUCAAUUGCUAAGUUUGUUGUUGAAAAUUAAUAGACUUAUCUUCCUCCUACAUUAAAGAAAUAAUUGAUAACCUCAUCAUAAUCAUAGAUAAAUUGGAAUAAAAUAGAUUCAUUUGCCUUAGGACAUAUAAUACUUGAUCUUAUGUUACUUGAUGUACCCGUUUUGGUUGAUAAUUAAUAAAUUGCUUAAUUAUAGAUGUUAUGUUAUAAUCGAUUUUCUUAAUAAUUAGUUCGAAUUAUGGAACAUCUAAUGUUAGAAACUGAUAAUUAACUAUUAGUAGAGGAUGUUUAUUUCCUAUUAAAACCAUAUUCAGAAAGAAUAACUAAUUUAUAAGACUUUUAAAUUAAUUUUGAAGAUGUAAAGUAAUUAGCAAUUCCUUUAAAUAAUAUGUCUAAAUUAAAGUUAAAAUCAAUAAUUGAAACUUCAUAUAAGUAAUCAGAAAUAUUAUAUGAAUCUUAAUAAGUUGACAAUACUCAAUAUUAAUAAUAAUAAAAAUUAUAUCUACAAUAACAAUAAAUUAUAGAAUAAUAAAAAUAAUAAAUAUUAAUCUAAUAAUUAAAAUAAUAAUAAUUAUAAAUCUAACAAUAAGAGUUAUUAAAAUAUUAACAACUUUAAAUUUAAUAACAAAGUUAAUAUCAACAACAAUAAAACGAUACUGUUUUACAAUAAUAAAUUUAAUAAUAAUUAUAAUAACCCAAUAUACAACAAUAACCAAUAUAAAUCUAAUAACCUACAAUUACUUAACAAAUUAUUCCAUAACCUAUUCCUAUAUAAUCAUAGAUCAUAACAUAACAAUAACCUUCAAAUAUAUAACAACAGUAAAUUCCUCCUUAAUAACAUGUCGUAAUUCCAAGACCUUCCUAAUCACAAUAACAAAUAAUUCAAAGUCCAGAUUUAAGAAAGUCAGUGUCUCCUUAACCUAAAUAAAUUGUUAAUUAGUAGCCUCAACUACUAUAAAGAUUGCUAAUGCAAUCAUAGCAGAUUCCAUAGCCAUAAUAAAUUAUUUCCUAAAUACCUCCUUAAUAAUAAUAGCCUUUACCUAUUUCAACUCCCAUAUCACCAGUUAAUCCAAUAAAAAUAUCCUAAUAAUAUUACCAACCCUAAAUUUCUCCUCCUCCACCUCCUCCACCUCCUCCUCCAGCAUAACCAAUAUAAAAUAUCUAUGUCGUCCCACAACAACCACCAGCACCACCACCUCCACCACCUAAUAUAUUAUAAUAAUAACCAAUCCAACGACCUAUUAUUUAAUAAUCUGCUCCUAUACAAUUACCUGUUAUUUAUUUGAAUAGACCUCCUCAAACUAACAAUAACAAUUAAUCACCUGUAGGCUAAAAAAUUCCAGUUUAAUUAGUUUAAACAGUAGCUCCAAUGGUAAAUUUAUGUUAAAAUAAUAAAUUUUAGAAUGGAUAAUUUGAUAGAGAGGUUACUGUUUUGGAGUAUUAACCUUAAAGAAAUCAGCCAUUAAAGGCUUCUAAUUAAGUUCCAUAAUAAUAAUAAAAAUAUUCCUCACCUUCAACAAGAUAGGUAUAGUGAUUGAUUUAAUGUUAGUCUAACAAUUUUGAUAGAAUUCGUAAUGUCAUUUAAGAUUCAGAUGAUUUAUUGUAACAAUAACAUAAGUGA